UCCUCAAUUGAUAGGUGUCAUGACAGAAUCAGAAUCAGAAAAUUCAGAAAUUAAAAUUACGCUAAAUGGCUAAGUACAUUUAUUAUUUGCAGAGCGUGCGUGGGAUUUCCAUGUUUUGUCUAAAACGUUAGUGGAAUCAUGCUUAAAAAUAAACAUAUAAUGUUCUAAAAACUUAGCUAGUGUGAAAAAAUAUUUUAAAAUAAAGUUGUUUUAUUGUAACAGGUACUUUUAAAUAUAUAAUGAAAUCUGUUAAUUUGUUUAAAAAAACAUUUGCGAUGGCGUUAAUUUUAAGUGCAAUAGUUUUCGUUUUCUUCUGGGCCAACAUGGAAAUUGUAAGUUCCGGCGAAGCCCAAGGCAUACCCUUGAAGGUGAAAAACAAACUAUGUUACGAGAACUUCAAAGAUGAGAGGAACCAUCUGAACAAGACCUCGGACUUGAAGAUGAUAUACUUCGUAACGCCGACGUACCCUCGACCAGCUCAGGUGCCGGAGCUCACCAGAUUGGCACAUACCUUGAUGCACGUGCCCCGGAUACACUGGAUCGUGGCCGACGACCAGCCAAUCUGCUCUGACAUCGUUUUGGAAAUACUCAAGCGUUCAGGUCUGCCAUACACCCACAUUUCCAGCCCAAAGCCUUUUGCGUACAAAGAAAAGAAUUUCCCCCGAGGAGUGUCCAACCGCCGUGCAGCUUUGGGCUGGCUCAGAGACAAUGUGCGCGAAGGAGUCCUAUACUUCGGUGAUGACGAUAAUACCGUUGACCUCAAACUCUUUGAUGAGAUUCGGCAGACGAAGAAGGUUUCUAUGUUCCCUGUGGGCCUGAUCGGAAGCUAUGGAGUUUCUACGCCAAUUGUUAAAGAUGGAAAGGUUGUGGCAUUCUUCGACUCUUGGCACGGCUCCCGUACAUACCCAGUUGACAUGGCGGGCUUCGCAAUCAACAUAGAGUACCUCAAACCCUCUGCUUCAAUGCCGUACAUCGCUGGCCACGAGGAAGAUAGGUUCCUAGUAAGCCUCGGCCUCACACUCAAUGAUAUAGAACCUCUAGCUUCAAACUGCUCCAAGGUCUUAGUCUGGCACACCAAAACAGCACCGUACAAAAAACCUUCUCUAAAAAUUGACGUCGACCAAAUUGAUAUAACAUCCCCUAAGUACGAUUAUUUCGUUAAUCUACUUAAAGAAACUUCUAGAUUAGGUAUGGCUAGCGUUUUUCCUGAUAACGGUUCAAAGACUUAUAUUAUAAGGGAUCGUAGGAAAUAUGAGACUUUGAGUGGGCUGUCGUAAUGUGUGAAAUGUACACUCAUCGUCAUAAUAUUGAGGAUACCUCGCUAGUACUUUAAUGAAACCUCGUUUCGUUGUUACUGCCCUAAAAGUUUAACCGUAUCUAGUGAACAAAGUAACAAAUAUAGAAAUGUUUUUUUUUUAUUCAUGUCUUAGUUAGACUUUAACUUGACUUUAUUUUUAAUGGUCAACACGUGAAACCAACUUGUCGCUUUAGUUCAGUUUAAUAAUAAACCUCGCUACGAAAAAACAAUAAAAGAUAGUACCUGUAUAAAACAAGCGAUAAAUGAUAUAUUUUUCGACCGUGUUGGUGUUAUCAUUUCACGUCCAAAUUGUAUUUUUUUUUAAAGCAAGAACAAACAAAAAACAUGUAAGUAACUGUUGACGUCGUAAUUCUAAAAUAAACAACGAUCUCGAAAUAACUGAUUAUUUCAAAGACUAUUAAAAUUAAUUUGAUAGGAUUAUGUCUAUAAGACAGACGAUAGAUCAGUUGUAGCUUAAGCAUGUUGAAUAUUGUUGCAAAAACUAAAAUUCACAAAAACGUACAAAAUGACUUAUCUCAGUUAUAAGUUUAUCACAGGUUUGGGUUCCUGCAAAUAAUUUCCGACCAAAACGAACACGAAAAUACAUUAAAAUGAUAAGAACUUAUAAUUAUGUAAUCUACGCAAUAUUAGUGGCAAACUAUUGUAAUUGUUUAUUAUAGUAAUUCGUUACAAAUUAGCUAAACUUAUAUAAUACAUGUAACAAAAGGAAACUUGAAUAUUUAGCGAUUAAAUACAGUGUGAUGUUAGAUAGAAAUUAAUAAAUUAUUUAAGAAUAAGCGAUCAAGCGAAAGAUUUUCUUCAAGGAUUUGUAAGUAAAUCCUUUAUACUUAGGUCUUUAAUAAGAUUGAUUAAUUAAUUAAAUACACGAUUAGUUUGUGAAAGUCAAACUGUCUACAUAUUGUAAUCACUGUGGCACGUUGUGAUAAAAAAAGUUGUAUUUAGCGUAAAUAUUUUCCAUAUAAUAGUUUCAGUUCAAACACAAUUGAUAUAUUCAACACACAAGCACUGAAAAAGUAAAAACAAUUAAUUACUCUUCAAGUAUAAAUACUUAAAAAAUACAACUCUUAAUGAUAUAUUAAAGUUAUCAGUCUACAUGCUUAAUUAAUAAUUAGGUUGUUAACCUAAAGUAAACAUGUAUUUAUUUAUAUACAUUUGAACAAAGCUGAGCAAUAUUAAAAACAUAUUUAAAUGCAUCAUCAUCAACAUCAGCCUAUCGCAGUCCACUGCUGGACAUAGGCCUCUCCAAGUGCACGCCACAUUUAAAUGCAUAAUUCUGUUUAAGUCAAGGUCAAACAAAAUUUAUGAAUAAUAAAACAAAACAAGAGACAUCAUAUAAUAUGACAUCUUUUCCGACCUUGUAUUAUCAUUAUUUUCGUCUUGUCUUUAGAGUUGACAAUUGAAUCUGACCCUUGAAUCACAUCUCAUACAGGGUGUGUCGUUCACAAUCACAUUAAAUCCUAUCGCAUAUACUUUAUGAUAUUCUAUGGCGAAUUGUAAAAGAAAUAAACUAAUCCAUUCAGUGGUUUAACCACAGGAGUAAUCAUGUGUAAAGCAGAGAUAAAGUUAGAAGUAUCGAAUGUUUUGAACAGUUGACUGCUGUCAGUUUUCAAGGGAGAAUUUCAGUUGUAUGUAAUGACUGACUUUUGUGACUGUAAAAA